GCCAGUAGUGGGUAAUUGUUAGGGAGUAUUUUGUGUAAGCUUGUAAUUUGCAUCUCUUCUCUCUGUCCUCCUCUGACCUGGCUCUAUGGCCUUACAGGUGCUGUGAUCUUCAUUAAGGAGGGGCAGCCUCCCACAGUGGGUACAAGCUCAUGCUGACAUAAGAUUGGCUUCAGAAUUAGUUUGGCAACCACUGUGGCAACUCGUGUCUACCGCAAAUGUCUUGUCAAUUCUCCGGCCGCAGCUCCGAACAAACCCAGCAGUGUUUUGCCGUCAAGUUCCUGCUAUCCAGCAUCUCUCUGUUUCGUCUCCAUUUGCUUCAGAAGUUUCCACCACAGUAAUUGAGGACACACUUAUUGUUGAAGCCUGCCGUCACUUUCCAAAGUCAAUACUUUACAGACACAAGGAAGACAAUCAGCAAAAGUCCUUCAAAAACUGGGCAAAACCAUGGAGACCAAGGACGAGCAGUUCGAAAUGUGCGUCCAGAGCCUCAACAAACAACAGACUGACGGCAACCGGCUGUUUAAAGAUGUCAGAGCCUACCAUGCAGCAGUGAAAGCCAUGCACGAGACGUCCAAGCGCUUGUCCCAGACGUUAAGUGACGUCUACGAGCCGGAGUGGAACGGAGUGGAGGACUUCGCCGUCAUUACAGAGAGUGAAGACUUGCUGUGGAACGACUACGAAGAGAAACUCAGCGACCAGAUCGUCCGCACCAUGGAGAACUACACCAGCCAGUUCCCGGAGGUCAAGGAACGGGUAGCUAAACGCGGUCGAAAGCUGGUGGACUACGAUUCAGCACGCCACCACCUGGAGGCGCUGCAGAGUGCCAAGAAAAAGGAUGAAGCCAAAAUAUCAAAGGCGGAUGAAGAGUUCAACAAGAGCCAGAAUGUGUUUGAGGAGAUAAACACCGAGCUGAGGGAGGAGCUUCCGGUCCUCUAUCAGAGCCGGAUAGGUUGCUAUGUGACAGUGUUCCAAAAUAUUUCCAACCUGAGAGACGUCUUCUACAAGGAAAUGAGUGUGCUGAACCAUGAGCUGUACAAUGUGAUGAAGAAACUGGAGACCCAACACUCGGGGAAAGCUUUCAUCAUCAAGGGUCUGCACAGCAGUACGAGCAAGACGAAGAAGAGGAAGUCUGUGGUUAUCUCCAACCCCAUCCCCUGCAACACCGCCUUCCCAACCGACCACGUCUCCAUCCACACAGGAAACGGUGAAAAUGGAAAAGACACCGCUCUGUCUUCCUCCCUCCAGACGGAGGAAAACGUCGCCUCAUCCAAAGACUCGUCCGACUCCGAGUUCAGCUCCAGCGGCAGCAACACGCCUCAGAGGCAGUCGGUGUGUGAGCAGGAGGAAAUGGGGAGUCUCAAUGAAGAGGAGGAGGAUGAGGAGGAGGUGGAGGCAGAGGAGGAUGCAGAAGCUGAACUCGCUGCCAACCAGUCCGAUGACUCCGGGGUCGGGGUCCCGAAGUCAGAGGCUGCAAGUCAGGAAAUGUCCGAACCCUCUGACGCUGCAGAAAGUACCCCGCAGAGUCCGGAGGAGCCGCAGGAGGAGAAGGAGAAGGAGAAGGAGAAGGAGAAGGAGAAGGAGAAGGAGGAGGAGAAGGAGAAGGAGGUGGAAGUGAGUGAAGCACCGUCAGAGGAGGUGAAGCCCAAAGCUCCACCUGUUCCCGCCCCACGCGUCUCCUUCCACUGCACAGAUCAACCCUCACUGAGACCCACCAAGGAGCAGGAGGAGGUAGAGGAGUCCUCAGAGGCUUCAGACAACCAGGAGACGGCUGACCCCGGAGAGGACUCCACUUCCCAUAACCCACCAGGCUUCCUGUACAAGAGGGUGGCGCUAGAGAGCCAUGCAGCAUCUGAGGAGGGCCUGCUGCAGUUUGAACAGGGAGACGUCAUCCUGGUGCUGAAUGACACUCAACAGGAGGGUCUGCUGAGGGGGAUCAGGGAGGAGAGCUGGAAGCAGCACCGGGAUCUACAUCACUCUGGGAUCUUCUCGGAAAGACUCCUCCAGCCUGAGCAGGAAGAGUGAGGGCGCAGUCACUCCUGACCCGGUUAUACUUUCUCGUUACGUCAAGCAGUGUGUGACUCACACACACGGAGGGAACGAUCCCAUAUGUUCUGUGUGCAGGAGCUGUUCAAACAGAUGGCCUCACACGCUGCGAUGUUGCAACUCCUGGAACAAAAGUGAGCUUCAGAACAUUUGACUCUGUUAGACGUUACAGUAUUUUUACUCUUAUUGUAUUUUUAAUAGUCUUUCUGUGAAACACUGUGAAACAAAACCAUGUCUUUUUUUAUACCAACACUGUGAUCUUGUGUAAAAUGUCCAAUAAAGUUCUAGAUUAAAGGGAA